AUGUCCGAUACUCGCAAUACUCGCCCGCAGCAUGCGGUUCGCCACGCCACCACCUCCGCCGAUGUGGUGCCGAUCAUCGUUUCCAAUUUCACCCCACCAGUCUCGUCGGCCGCCCAAGCCUGGCUGGCCACAUUGGCGUGUGUCCAUCCCAGCUGGUCCCAACCGGUCUGUCUCGCCCUCCGCCAACAUCCCAUCAUCUCCUCGAUCCAGCAGCUAUUGAGCUUCCAGGAUUCGCUAAGCAGGGUCCAGCCCGACCACCAAGGACCCGCCCUCGACGACCGAUCAACGAGAUACCGCCGCACCGCCGCCCCCUCCGCCUGUGCGGUCCGCACCUUGCUCCUAAACCUCUACCCCAAUGUUGAUCGCUCUAAAUCAGAUGCAAUGUCCCAGACAGCUUACCAAGAGACUCUGACGCGCCAACUCCAACUGUCGAAGGAACUCUACCUCGACCCGGGAUUCUUCAGCUCAUUAUCCAAUCUCAGGUCAAUUCAUCUCGCCAUGAUCAAACUCUCGAUCAGCAGCUUCACCUUCCUACUGUCCAGCCUUGCUCCUUCCCUCAGCGAACUUGGUCUACACGACGUUUACUUCAUCGGUGCAGAAGAUACGGUUCCUAUCUUCCGGGCGAUCUUCAAGCUUCCCCAUCUCCAUUCCUUGAGCCUCACCGGGCGGCUUGUAAGUGGCCGUUGCAUCAUCCCCAUGCUCUUAUAUCCUUCCAACUAUUUCGACUCCGGAAAGUCACUAGAGACCCUGUCCCUUUGCGAUGAAGGCUUGACGUCGGCUGGAGAACUCAUGCUCACACCUUGGGAUCUUGUGCAAUGUCUGGAGAAUCUUCUCCCAGAUGGCCGAAGCCACACAGAUGAUCAUCACGACAGUUCGCAGGCGAAGUACCCCAGCCCUCUCAAAAUCGCCAACUACAGGUUUUGCAUGAGUGAUCCGGAAUGGCACCAGCCCUUCCGGGCGCUCUAUGUGAGCGCAAGAGCAGAGCUGCUUGGGAUUCGAGUUGAAGUCGCACAUCACACUGAUCCCCUUCAACGGAUCAAGUGGAUGUCAAGCACUUCGUAA